AUGUCAACUGAUUUGAGAUCAGACUUAGUUUCAUUAUUUGAAUCAAUAAAAUCUAUUGAACAUUCUAUUGCUGAAAAAAAUGAAAUUUAUCUCAAUGAACUUGAGAAACAAAAAAGUUUGACAGAAACCUAUAACCAAUACCACAAUGAUUUUGAUCGUAUAAAUGCUGAAAUAAAGAAGAAUAGAAAAAUUUGUUGCCAAAUACUUCAAGAGAUUUCUUCAGUUAAACGUGAUUAUUCAUUUAGAAAUAACUACAACACCAAUGGUUUCUCUUUAUAUAAUACCUGUGAUACAAGAUCAGCUGAGUCUUGUCAAGAAACAAUACAACAAAAAUACAUUACACAAUACACACAACAACACAGGAUACCUUGUUAUAUACCUUGUUAUGUUGAGUUACAAUUUGAUUCUCUUCUUAGAUACCUAAAAUCAAAUAGAUUGACUCAUUAUAUUACUUUUAGUACUGAAAGUAGACAAAUAGAUUUGGUGAGACUAAAGGAAUUUUAUAGAAAUAGUUUCACUUUAAUGAUUGUUCAAAUGACUUGUGGAAAUAUGUUUGGUAUAUUCUUCAACAAUACUACUAAAUCUCUCUUUAAGAUUAUUUCACCAGUUCCAUAUGAAUAUGGGAUAAUAAAUGUUCCAUAUGAAUAUGGGCUAACAACUGUUCCAAAUAAACAAGACUCUUAUCUUCAAGUUACUAAUGAAUACAUAGACUACAGUUUUCUAAAAAUUUGUUUUAAUGGUGUUAUUGAAUUUAAUUUUAAUCCAAUGACUAAGAUAUGUGUAGAGCCUUAUAUGGAUUAUUUCUCACUUUAUUCAGUUAAUUAA